GAAGCAGCAGAACCAGCAGCAGCGUAGUAGUAGUAGCAGUGGGAUUGAUUGCGCAACGGUCGAAAAAUCCCCCUCCCCCGCGCACUCUCUUGCGCAAUUUGCGUCUCAAUAUCGUUGCAUCCCCCUCCCGUUUUCCUCUUUCGAACGCACUGCUUCUCCAUUUUCUUGUUUAUUGAUUUAUUUGUCCCAUAGCAACUUUCUGUUUGUGAUCCCAACCUCCGACAUUCUCCAAUCCGUCGUUCUUGUAAGUCGGUGUCGUUCUCACACCACUCGAUUCCUCCGCGAACUGACUGCGCAUUCCUCACUAUGAGAUUCCGAAGCUUGGCUCGUAAUGUGGGUUAUCGAGUUGUUUUAGAGAUUCAGCUUGCAGGUUGAUUGUCGCGGCAUUGGCACUUUCAGAGGAUACAAUUCUGGUGUGAUUUUGUGCAGCGGAGUGGUUACUCUUGUUGGGUCCAUGGAUUAGGUUUUUGGUUGCGGGUGCCGGUGCCGGUGGUGAAAGAAAGAGGCGUUGAGGGAAUUGGGGUGAACGCGUGUUGGUGACGUUGAUUCUUGUAGUGGGAUGUUGUCGCUGGAUAUUGCGUUUUGGAGAUUGGGAUUUUGAGAUUUGUGGUGCGUGUUUUCGUGAAUGAGAUUCGGGGGGUGGAGUAAGCAUGCCACGAUGCUCAGGGGCUACGGCGUGGUGUGAUCAUUACGAUGUUUUGCAAACAUGCGCAGUCGUGCUCCUUUAUAUGCAGGUGGGUUGUGCAUUUGUCGGAUCGUUGGGGGUUGUUCAUACAGGAAUUGUGUUGGCCAACUUGGCACUUGCAUUAUUCGCCUUGAUUGCUAUCGAAAGUGGUAGUCAAAGCCUAGGUCGGGCUUAUGCUGGGUUUUUGUCUCUUUCUCUCCUCCUUGACAUCGUUUGGUUCUGCUUAUUCGCCAACGAAAUCAGGGACUUCUGGAAUGAUACUCAGUUGGGAAAAUUUGGAGCCCUCUCUGUAAAGCUAACGUUCUGGAUGCAAGUUUCUGGAAGCGGACUACGCCUGAUUUCCUCCUUUCUGUGGUGCCAGAUGUACAGACUUGGUACAGAUUCAGAGACAUUGGGUCCACAGGGGCCCGUCGAUUUUGGUAGAAGAACUCCAAUAUUCGCUUCUUUUAAUCUGGAUGAUCCAACACUAGGGGACGACACAGAGUCUGAAGUGCUUGGAGGUUCGAUUUAUGACACAGCUACCUUUUCGUCUCUUUUCGAGAAUUUCAGUCGUCAGGAUUACCCUGACAUCGAGAACAACGGCCAUAUGUCAGAGGACGAGAGCUCACUCCAAAAACCGCUGAUAUAUUGUGGAUCCUGAUUACGGGAUUGAUCAUCUCCAUUCAAAUUUGUAAGAGACAUUCUUUUCAGACGGGGAUAAGGAUAACUGCCGUGUAUCAAUUAUAGCACAUUAGAUCAUCUAUUAUGUUGACUUCGCAUGUACUUUUCUUGGGAUGGGCCUAUUAUGUUCAGCUAUCCAUGUUUUCAGCUGACUUGAUUUUCCACAAGUGAUUCACUAUGAAGUGGGUUCUGGUGGUCUGUGUCGAAUAGAUGUAACAUAGUUUUCUUCUUACAAUCAAAGGGAAACUUCAUAGAGGAAUUGGGUGUUCUUUUCUUUCUUUUUUUAUUCCCCAAUUUGUGAUAAAACUACUGCAAUAGCAAAAUGUGAACCUUUUGUCUUCACGGAAAAA